CUUCUCUUUAUAAACCUCUUUAUCUUUCUCAAAACUUUCAACUGCUACACUCUACAACCCAAGUACUUUCAAAGUCCUCAAGCUCUUUUUUUGCAACACAAAGAUUAUAAUGUCUUCAAGCAAGAGAAAUAUGACAAUCAGACGACAGCCGAUAAUAGUCGAUCUCGGCUGCAGUUGUCGGAGAGGGAAGCUCUCUUCGAUCUUCUUUUCACCAAAAAAGCCGAAGAAACACUUUAACUACUUCUCCUCCUCCUCCACCACCUCCAACUCCACCACCAGCACCACCACCUCCUCCUCCUCCUUCUCAUACCAACACAGUCCUCACAAGCCCAAUGUCACCAAAUCCCAGAAGAAAGGAAAGAUAACAGAAGAGAGUGUGGCAGUGGAGAAGGACUCCUCAGAGCCUUACUUAGACUUCCGUGAAUCAAUGGUUCAGAUGAUAGUCCAAAACGAGAUCUACGGCUGGGAUGAGCUUAGAGAGCUUCUUCACCGCAUGCUCUCCCUUAACUCUCCACAGUACCAUCCUCUCAUCUUACGUGCUUUCUCUGACGUCUGCCAGGCGGUAUUCACACCUACCUCGCCAUGAGUGUUACUGUGUUAGCUUGUUAGGGUUUUAAUGUUGGUCUUCUGUUCAUGGAGUGAAGGGUGAAGGGUAUCAUUGUGAAUGCGCUGUGUUUUGCGUGUCUUUCUGAGUUAAUGUUGUUUAUCAUAUCGAUUUCAUAAACGCUGACAUGUUUACUGCUUUCUUU